ACAACAAGGACGAGAGGCGAGACUGCACCAAGGCAAUCCAGAUGAGCGACAGUGUGUGUGCACGCCCCUUUCCUCGACGUCACCCACUGCCCCUGCCUCAGUCCGUUGGAAACCCCGUGCGGGUGUAAGAGAAGUCUGGCGGCCGCCAUUUCGAGCAGACGAAGAUUCAACGCCAUUCCUCUCUCGCCAUAAACAAGGCCGAGGCCUAGCAGCUAUCAGACCGGCGCGCCUCAGAUCGACCAAAAUGGCAGAUGACAUUGACAUUGAAGCUAUGCUUGAAGCUCCUUACAGGAAGGACGAGAACAAAUUGAACAGUGCUAAUGGACAUGAAGAGCGCAGUAAGAAAAAAAAGAAAAGUAAAAGCAGAAGUCGCAGCCGUGAACGGAAGCGCAGCAAGAGUAAGGAGCGAAAACGUAGCAAGGAACGGGAGCGAAAAACAAGUAAAAGCAGAGAGAGAAAACGCAGCCGCAGCAAGGAGCGGCGGAGGAGCCGGUCAAAGAGCAGAGAUCGAAAGUUCAGAGGACGUUAUCGAAGCCCAUAUUCUGGACCAAAAUUUGGCAGUUCCAUGCGUGGGAAGAUGGGAGUUCCUCACAACGUGAAACUAAGCAGGCGUCAUUCAAAGAGCAGAAGUCCACAAAAGAGAGAGAAAAGCCCUGUCAGAGAACCAAUUGAUAAUCUGACACCAGAAGAAAGAGAUGCACGUACUGUGUUUUGUAUGCAACUGGCAGCAAGGAUUCGACCAAGGGACCUCGAAGAAUUUUUUUCCACAGUUGGAAAGGUUCGUGAUGUGAGGAUGAUUUCAGACAGAAAUUCCAGGCGUUCCAAAGGCAUAGCAUAUGUGGAAUUUGUUGAUGUUAGCUCAGUACCUCUGGCAAUUGGUCUAACAGGACAGAGAGUUUUGGGUGUUCCUAUUAUUGUUCAGGCUUCCCAGGCUGAAAAGAACAGAGCUGCUGCAAUGGCCAAUAAUUUACAGAAAGGCACUGCUGGACCAAUGCGGCUAUAUGUUGGGUCCUUGCAUUUUAACAUAACAGAGGACAUGCUGCGUGGAAUAUUUGAACCUUUUGGCAGAAUUGAAAGCAUUCAACUUAUGAUGGACAGUGAGACUGGACGCUCCAAGGGAUACGGCUUCAUUACUUUUUCGGAUUCUGAAUGUGCCAAAAAAGCGCUCGAGCAAUUGAAUGGUUUUGAAUUAGCUGGGCGUCCUAUGAAAGUUGGUCAUGUUACAGAACGUACUGAUGCUUCCAAUGCAAGUUCAUUUUUGGACAGUGAUGAGCUUGAGAGAACAGGAAUAGACCUUGGAACCACUGGUAGACUUCAGUUGAUGGCAAGACUUGCUGAAGGUACAGGAUUGCAGAUUCCACCAGCUGCCCAGCAAGCAUUGCAGAUGAGUGGUUCUUUGGCAUUUGGUGCUGUAGCAGAUCUCCAAUCAAGAAUUUCACAACAGAGCGAAGCUCUCGCCGCAGCUGCUGCUUCUGCUGCUGCAAUCUCAUUGACAUCAUCCACUUUGCCAAUUCCACCAGCAACUCAACCACUUGCUACACAGUGCUUCCAGUUGUCAAAUAUGUUUAACCCUCAAACGGAAGAUGAGCCAGGCUGGGACACAGAGAUUAAAGAUGAUGUCAUUGAAGAAUGCAACAAACAUGGAGGAGUUGUUCACAUUUAUGUAGACAAGAGUUCACCACAGGGUAAUGUUUAUGUCAAAUGUCCAACCAUUGCAUCUGCAAUAGCAGCAGUUAAUGCACUGCAUGGGAGAUGGUUUGCAGGCAAGAUGAUAACUGCUGCAUAUGUUCCACUUCCAACUUACCACAGCCUCUUCCCGGAUUCCAUGACAUCUACCCAGCUUCUGUUUCCUGUUCGUCGAUGAGCCUGACUUGCAUUAUUUUGUACAUAGGUUUUGUUUUCCUUUUUGAGAGAGAGUUGUCGGUUUGUCUUUUAUUUAGAUCCAGAUGGAAAGGAAUGGGUGUACUGUAAUUUUGUGUAAAUUUCUAAUACCUUAAAAUAAAGGAUGAAUGCAAUAUAUUGGUUAACCGCAUUCAACCCAUUAACUUGCUGUGCUGCCUUACUGUUCCAUUAGAAAUAGCCAGGCCAGCAGAAAACAAGUGAUAAGAAUUCAGUGACAUACAGUACCUGAUAUGUUAACAUUUGUAGAAAUAAAAUUCAAAAAUGCUCAAAUGACA